UUGAUCAUCUACGGUAUAUUGAGCCUGGUGAUCUAUUUAUUGUACAAAAUACUGAUACGACCACUGAAUCGAAUCCGCAGAUUUGGUGAUGUUGGUAUUCAUUUUGGAAAGUCAAAGAUAGAUGAUCGACAUAAAAUGGAAUAUUUAGAGCGAAUACGUCGAAUUCGACGAGUAGGUAAUAUUCCACCCGUAUAUCCGAAUGGAUGGUUCUGCAUUGCUCAAUCUUCAGAAAUAAAACCAAAGGAAGUAAAACCAGUCGAAGUUUUUGGUGAACAGCUCACUUUGCUAAGAUCGGAAUCUGGUGAAGUAUAUCUAGUUGAUUCAUAUUGUCCUCAUUUGGGUGCAAAUCUGAGCAUUGGUGGAAGGGUUGUUAAUGAGAACUGUAUCCAAUGUCCUUUUCAUGGAUGGAUCUUUAGCGGUGAAACCGGAAAAUGCGUCAGUAUUCCAUACAAUAAGCAAUCAAUUCCAGAACAAGCAAAAAUAGCCAUUUGGCCAACCACUGAAAGAAAUCACCAUAUAUAUGUUUGGUACCACUGUGAUGGACUGGAGCCCUGUUGGGAGGUAGAACCAAUCGAAGAAGUUGAGAAUGGUAACUGGACUUAUAAUGGGAAAACUGAACAUGAAAUAUGUUGCCACAUUGAAGACAUACCUGAAAAUGGAUCGGAUAUUGCGCAUCUAAACUUUUUGCAUUUGUCUGCGGGGCUUCAUGGUAAUGAUAUAACGAAGAUUGAAAUGGACAACCAGGAACCGUUGAUGAAACACAUUUGGGAUGGUAAUUGGGAGCAACAACCAGCACCGAACCAACAUAUUGGUGUCAUGAGUUUAAGCGUAAUUUUAUCUUUUGCGAAAAUCCCAAUUUCAUGCACUGAAACCAAGCUCAAAGCAAGGCAGAUUGGUCCAGGAAUUGUGUACAUGACAUUCGAUUUUGGAAAAUUUGGUCGAGGCGUCCUUCUACACCAUGUCACACCUGUGGAGCCUCUACUCCAAAAAACACGUUUCGUUAUGUAUUCAACAAUGCCAAAAAUAAUCGCAAAUAUAUUUUUAAUCUUCGAAACGACUCAAUUCGAGCGUGACAUAUACAUUUGGAACAAUAAAUGUUAUAUAAAACCAGCUUUAAUCGUCAAAAAUGAUGGUCCAAUUCACAAGCACAGAAGAUGGUUUAGUCAGUUUUAUUCAGAAAAUAGUCCAAAAUUGAACAAUAACGGUACUGUCACUAGUAAACCAAAGUCAAUUUAUGACUGGUAA